UCGUCUGUGCCUAACAGCGGCAGCCUUCACUCCACUGUCAAACUCUGGCUCCAUUGAAGCAACUGCGCAUCACACCACAGACUGCGCAUGCGCCUGCCGAUGUAAACAGUAGUUGGUUAGUUAGUUACACUAUGAAGGGGGAGGAGCAUCGCUGAGAAAUGGUCGUGCACUGUGUCAAACAUCCUGUUUCCCAGGAAGAGCCUUUUCAUCAGGUGCCAGAGAGGAGCUCAUGAUUCACUUUGGUGCACAUCAUAGCUGCGUCUGAAUGACAGAUUUGUCCGGUUAAACUUUCUUAGUUCUCACUUCAACGCACGGACAUUUCACCAAACGGGAAGAAAAACACGGCUGACAAGCUGGUGUGUCUUGAGACAGUGAGUCAUCUGUCAGCAGAGACUGUUCGCUCCAACCAGCUGCCUCAUAACACUGCGAUCAAAAAACCAGAGCAGACGUGGCUGAUAAGUUGUUCACAUCUACUCAAACACUUUCCCCUUUACUUUGACCAACCGAUCUACCGUGUCCACUGCAGUCCCCUGCUGACCUGAGUGGGGCCAGUUCUAGGAGUUGUGGGAAGUGAAGUCUUGUCUCACUAUGUUGUCUCCCUUCCAAGGAAAGCUUGUGCGGAAUGGAGAGGAUAAGAAAGCAGUGAUCUGUGUUGAGGGCAACAUCGCCAGUGGGAAGACAACAUGUCUGGAGUAUUUCAGCAAGACCAGCAAUAUAGAGGUCCUUACAGAACCAGUCGCUAAAUGGAGGAAUGUCCGUGGACACAAUCCUCUGGCUCUGAUGUACCAGGAUCCUGAGCGCUGGGGCAUCACCCUGCAGACCUACAUUCAACUUACCAUGUUGGAUCGUCACUUGUCAUCCAUAGCGGCUCCUGUCAGGAUGAUGGAGCGUUCCCUCUUCAGUGCCAAGUACAUCUUUGUGGAGAAUCUCUUCAGAAGUGGGAAGAUGCCAGAGGUGGACUAUGCUGUUCUCAGCGAGUGGUUUGAUUGGAUCACAACUAACAUUUCCAUUCCUGUUGAUCUGAUUGUCUACCUGCAGACGUCUCCUGAGACCUGCCACGAGAGGUUGAAGCAGAGAUGCAGAGAGGAGGAAAAAGUCAUUCCACUGGAAUAUCUGGAGUCUAUCCACCAGCUAUAUGAAGACUGGCUCAUCAAGGGGACCUCCUCCCUUCUUACUGCUCCUGUUUUAGUGAUCCCUGCUGACCACGAUCUCCAGAAGAUGCUGCAACAGUAUGAAGAAAAUCGUGACAAGAUCCUCUCUGCUAGUUGCAUCUGAUUCCCAAUCAUACAAUUAUACAGACUAAACCAUAGUUACAGCUCUGAUCUGUUACAUUUAUUUAGGUUUUCACAACAAUAGCAUCUUAUUUAAGAAUCAGAUUUUCAACUAUCAGCUAUGUAAAACCUUCUCUCCAGUCUCCACAACAUUCAAACCUUUUUGUUGUGGCUGAUGGGUGUGUACUGUAGGAGACAAUUUGUUCUCACUAACAGGUUGGAGAAGCUUCAUAAACGGAACUAACUUCAGUGCAAGGGAAACAUUCCACUGAAUAUCAGUAUGUGAAUAAAACAUUCCGUGUUGUGUCCAGGAAUACACAUUUAUUAAUAUAUAUAUUAAUAGUAAAAAGUAAAAUCUGCAAUCACAAGUUUGAUUGUAUAUGUGUUUUGCUCUUUUAUGUAGGACUUAAUGAAGGACAUAAUGAGUUGCCACUGUUUGUAAAAACAAAGUGACAACUCAUAUAUUCUGUUUGUAUUCAAUUCUAAAUUGAAUUAAAGUUAAAAAAAAUAAAUAAUAUAAUUGGUAAAUGAAACAAUGAAAUCUUAGCUAUUUAUAUAGCUCCCUGGAUCAACCUUGUUAUGGUUACUGUUGAUUGACUUAAAAGUUUAGUCAACAAUUAAAGUUCUAUGUGAUGGCUGCACUUAAUCUUUCGUUCACCUGUUUAAUUUGCUUGGUUUAGGUUASAWUAYACACACACACACACACACCACACACACACACACACACUGGACCCAUUGAUUUCGGUUUCAUACAACAUACUUCAUCAAUGUAUUUCUUUUUUUGGUAAGAAUUUAUCAGGUUUUCUUGAGUUACCAGUUCCUGAGCGUUGCUGCUGCUGGAGUCUACUGGCUGACCAUCAAAAGGAGAAUAGUUAAUAUUAGAUGACAUUAUGCUGGCAUGUUCAUGUCUCAGUCAGAAGGUCAGUUUGUGCUGUUAACUUGUCUUCAGUUUUAUUUUUGCCUUUUUGUUAAUAAAGACAAAAACUUUUUUUUUAACUA